UGGGGAGCCGGAGGUUGGGCCGCAGUUACCGCCCCGUCGGCUCCCGGUCCUUGGCCCCUCAGCGGCAUGGCGUGCGGGGCGACGCUGAAGAGGCCCGUGGAGUUCGAGGCGGCGCUGCUGAGCCCCGGUUCCCCGAAGCGGCGGCGCUGCGCCCCUCUCCCCGGCCCCACUCCGGGCCUCAGGCCCCCGGGCGCCGAGCCGCCACCACCGCCGCUUCAGACACAGACCCCACAGCCGACUAUGCCGCAGCCCGCCCCGCCCGGCAGCGAGCGGCGCCUUCCAACUCCGGAGCAAAUUUUUCAGAACAUUAAACAAGAAUAUAGUCGUUAUCAGAGGUGGAGACAUUUAGAAGUUGUUCUCAAUCAGAGUGAAGCUUGUGCUUCGGAAAGUCAACCUCACUCCUCAGCACUCACAGCACCUAGUUCUCCAGGUACCUCCUGGAUGAAGAAGGACCAGCCCACCUUUACCCUCCGACAAGUUGGAAUAAUAUGUGAGCGUCUCUUAAAAGACUAUGAAGAUAAGAUUCGGGAGGAGUAUGAGCAAAUCCUCAAUACCAAACUAGCAGAACAAUAUGAAUCUUUUGUGAAAUUCACACAUGAUCAGAUUAUGCGACGGUAUGGGACAAGGCCAACAAGCUAUGUGUCCUGAAGCUUUGUUGCAUAACUGGGUACCAGGUUUGACCUCAAGAGAUGGCUGCUGUACACUUUUUGCAACUGGUUUGAUACCACAUUUCAGCUCCAAUUUUUCAUCCUGAGAACACUUAAACGUUUCUGCAGGUCCAUUUUAUACAACUUGAAAGACCUUAAAACUUUCUGGUUGCCACAAGCAUAUCUUUCUUUUCUGCUCAUCCAAUAAAUAGCUGUGCC